CCCAGAACACGCUGGAGAGAUUGUAUAUCUGGUCUGGCCUGGGAACGCCUCGGGGUUCCCCAGGAAGAGCUGGAAAACGUUGCUGGGGUGAGGGACGUCUGGAAUUCCCUGCUAAGCCUGCUGCGCCGUGACCCAGGCCCGGAAAAGCGGAAGCAAAUUGGUGGAUGGAUGGAUUGAACAUAGCUAAUAAACUAUGAUGUAUGCUAUACAAUGUCAAAACUGUUUACUUUUGGUGGCGCAAAUUUGCAUGCUAAGGUUAACCAAAGUGGAGCUCUGAAAGAUUUGCAUUUUACAAGCAAAUCCACUGGUUGGAGUGAUUCCAUUGAAGUAAACAACCUUUCUACUUCCUUGUAGUACAGUUGGGUGACUUGCAAGAGACUGAUUAAAAGACAGAUUGCUCAAAUUUGAAGCAGCAGAGGUUGAGAUAUCAUGACUUUUAGUCCCUAGUAUGGAACAAAUUCAACAACAGUCUUGCACACCAGGCAGUAUUAUUUACAGGAGUGUCAGAUUCCUCAGAUCUUUAUCAGGAAAAUGCAAUUCAAUCUUGAAUUUAUGAUGGUAUGGAUGCAUGCAUAGAACAGUUUGACAGUGGAAUCACUGGUUGCGUCUGACAACUUUUGUAUAUUUCUGAAGUUUUGACAGCCUCGUUCAUUUGAAACAUACUGAGGUCUUAUCCAUGACAGAAAUUGACUUUGGCAUGAAGAAUCAAUGGAGUGCAAUCAUAUCUAAUGUCAGCCUUCCAAACGCUGCAUGUCAAGGUCACUUCACAUGUGAAACAGGUGGUGGAGGAGGCAGAUUAAUUUCAGUACACUGAGUAGACAAACAGCCAUUCCUGCAGCUUUAUCUCAGUGAAAGGGAGUGGGACUUGGCAAGAAAUCCUGGUAGAAAUGUAGUUCUUCAUUCCUGGGCUUCACACAAACACACACACACACACACACACACACACACACACACACACACACACACCCUCUGAGGUCAGUAGAUGCUGUUGAUAGACUGGAAGUUGCACACAAACACAUUAGAGGAUGAAGAACUUCACUUGGGAUGUUUAUUUUGACUGCUGCUCUCUGUCACACACACACCCAGCAAAAUUACUCAGGACAUGAUGUGUUUCCUGUCUGAACUGAAUGUGUGUGUGUGUGUUCAUGUAGAAAUACUACACUAUCUCAGUUUGAGCCUGUUUAUGUGAAAGGGAGGGCGAGAGAGAUAGAAAUCAACAAACCAGAGAGAGAGAGAGAGAGAGAGAGAGAGAGAUGAGCAGAGACUGAUGAAGCAUCAGAGAGUGAAAUGAAAAGAGAGUGUGAUCAGAGGAGUCGGAGAACCAGACAGACACAUCCCUCUCAGUUUGGAUCUGAUGAGACACAACAGUGAAUCCACUGAGGACAGAAAGAAAAAGGAGUUUGAUUCCAGUCGGCUGUCUGUUUAACGUCUCUGUCAUGGACCUACUGCCGGCAUUAGCGUCCACGGCGUUAGCCUCCACAGUCAGCCUGCUGAGGGAGAGCGCUGCCGUUCAGAGCAUCAGCAGGAGGCUCAACAGGAGAACCAUGUCGUCUCCAGAGAUGUGCUGGCCGGUGCCAAUGCGGGCCAUCGGGGCUCAGAACCUCCUCACCAUGCCAGGAGGAGUUUCCACUUCAGGAUACCUGCACAAGAAGGGAGGCAGCCAGUUCAGCCUCAUGAAAUGGCCACUGAGGUACAUCAUCAUCCACAAGGGCUGUGUGUACUACUUUAAGAGCAGUACCUCUCCUGCACCACAGGGGGCGUUUUCUCUCAACGGCUACAACAGAGUGAUGAGAGCAGCAGAGGAGACGACGUCCAGUAAUGUGUUUCCUUUUAAGAUCGUCCACUUCAGUAAGAAACACAGGACGUGGUUUUUCUCUGCAGCCAGCGAGGACGAGAGGAGGAAAUGGAUGCGAUUGCUGCGGCGGGAGAUAGAUCACUAUAACGACAGAAAAGAGACCCAUAUUCCAAGCGACUCAGAUUCAGAUGCCGACAGUUUCUACGGCACGAUUGAGAAGCCCAUGGAUAUUAAACACUCCGUCCAUAACGCAGAAGAUGAUUACGUUGAGGAUGAUGAUGAUGACGAUGAGGAAGACUAUCUGAAGCCAGACAGCGACUGUUCGCCGACAUCGACAGGUCGACCCACGGGCCCGCCCCCCUCCUACCCGCCUCCCCCGGUGCCGGCAGUGUGUCAGCUCCGUCAAGACUCCAGUCCAGGUUUCCACAAAGGCCCGCCUCCUCCCAUUCCACCGCAACACAGAAUCCCAUCCAGCCAGCUCCCCAAAAAGCCUCCGCCCUCUUUCCCCCCUCCCUCCAUACUGAAGGAGCCUAACAAAGGCCCGCCUCCUCCUCUCCCCUUCGCCCCCCACCUACCCAGGUCCGUGUCCCCCACCCCCCCGCCUACUCCUCCCCCCAACGCCAAGAAAACUCUUCAGAGCAGGGCGACAUCCGUGGGGGGGAUCGACAAGAGAGACUGGAGGCCUGUGCCGUCCCUAUCGGUGCAAUACCCCGCCACUCUGCCCUUCUGCGACCAAUUAGAGAGCAUGAUGGUCUUAAAUGGUCCCGCCCACUGCAGCCUUAAUGCUGGAGGGAGCCAAUCGGUGGGCUUCAAACACCAAAUAAGCAACCACCGCAGCAAGCCGAGUCUACCUCCUCAGUAUAAUAGUGGAGGGUCCAACCUCAGACCUGUGAUGUCCGACUCCCUGUCCCUCGACAAGACGUUCCCCGGUCACCCACCACUGCCUGGCCACCCUCCACUCUCUCCUCUACUUAAACUACACAAUAAGCCAGCGAUACCCAAACCUCCACCACCAACAGUCAAACCCCCGCUGCCUGCAGCCAAGUCCAAGCCGCCGGGAACCCCUAUCCAAAGAGCAUCUCCAGACGGCCAGAGCUUCCGCUCGCAGGGAGACGAGACGCCCACAGAGUUCAGGAGGAAACGAGACAAACACAGCGGAGGAGACGAUUCUGACGACGACUACGAGAACGUGCAGCUGCCAGACUCGGUCUUCAUUGAUACGACUGAAACCAGUUUCGUUGAAAAGUUGUUCAAAGAGUGCCCCAUCCCUCCACAGGACGGACUGUACUGCAUCAGAAACUCAGGAACCAAAACAUCAAAGGUGCUCGUGGUGUGGGACAUCAGUAUAUGCAAAGCCAGAAACUACCGACUGUUUGAAGAGGUGGACCGCGUGUUUCUGGACUCUGAAGUCACCUUCCCCACUCUGGCAGCUGCGAUCGAACACUACUACAGCCAUCCUCUUCCUCACCACGGCUCACUCUGCCUGCAGAAGCCCUACGUGAAGAGCUUCGGAGAGUCGGGGCUGUCGACAUCCAUCUCCGUCAGCGACGUGUGGAGAUGAGCUCACUGUAUUAGAACAGAUCAUACCUCUCACGCAAGUGGACGCUUCAUGUUAAACAGCAAGGACAGUAACCUUUCCAGACUGCUAGGACACCAGAAGAAAAAACCCAUUAGCAAUCAACAGUUAAUGGAACAUUAUUUAACGUACUUUAAGACAAACUACACUCUUAUUUUAACACAGCAAGCCUUCCAAAACUUCCUUGGUGCACUGAAAACAUUGGUUACUGUAAAUACAUGUCAGUUAUUAAGGGAAGAUUUUAGUCACGACAAAGAUAAAAUUGUUCUAUGAUUCUAGGAAACUCUCUAAAGGACCUGAAAUCUUAAUAAAUUCCUGCUGCUUUAUGCAAACUGAAGAACCGGUAUGAAAUGAUAGUGAUGAAGCACAAGAGCCAGAGUGGCCAGUCAGAUGGAUGUCAUGUAUUUUGUCCACAGAGGGGCGCUGUGACACCAAAUGACAAAAAAAAUCCAUCCAGCUUCAUGUGGGAUCCUGGGAAUCUUACCUGCGGUUCCUUUCGGUGUGGACACAGUGAGACCAUACCGACACUCAUGACAAUACACAGCUCAGUCGAGCUCACAUGGUUUUAUUUUUAUUUUUUUCACAUAAAGGACAAUUAAGAAUCAACCAUACAGUAUAAUCAUGUUAUCUGUGUUAUCUUUAGAAAAGGAUUUCUCUAAAUCUAAAUUUUACAAUGUCAGAUAUGUGCCAUUAUUCUAAAUCUCAUAAAGAUGAAUAGAUUUGUGAUAUUAAAGAGGACCUAUUAUGCUUUUUUCCUUAAGUGUGUUAUAUAGUUUUGUGCAUGUAAAAGCUCUGCAAAGCUAUAAAGCCCAAAUUCCCAGAAAGCCCAGAAACACUGUUGCUGGACUGCCUGAAACGCCUCGCUUGAAGCCCCGCGUUAUCUUCCGUAACAUGGUGAUGUCACCAAGUAACACAUUGUGUAAUACCUGCCUAGCGGCUAGUUUGGCACAACCUCAAACAAAG